AUGCAACUUUUUAUAAAAAAGUGUCAAAGGAAAAUUUUACUGAGAUGUUGUGCUCUUCGUCUGAGACUGGAAGAUGAAUGCCAGCUGGCUGCUUUCAGAGUCGAGUCAACAUUGAGUGUUGAACUGAGAUUGCUUGGAGGAGAAGAAGAAGAGGAGAACUGGCCGUGCCAAAGCACAAACGGACGCUUUGUGAAUGUUGUCGCUGGGUUUGGACACAAGAAGGGACCCAAUGUCCGCUCUUAA